AUGUCUUCUCCCACUGGCACCACCCCCAAGUCCUCUUUCGACGGCGAGCGUCGUCGCUCCUCAGGCGGUCUCUUCAACAACAUCCUCGCUCAAAAGCGCAGCCCCGAUAACGUUGCAUACUCUACCCGCCGCUCAAGCAUCGAGGAGCAGGGCCCACCCAAGGGCAUGUUCGGCAAGAUGUGGGACAACGCCGUCAGAGGUGUCGGUCCCAACGCCCAGAAGUAA